AUGCCUACUAUCAUUUUCGUUUUGACCAUGCUGGCGAGCAUAGUAUCGGGUCAACUUCAAAAUCUUCCUAAGUGCGGGAUGGAUUGCCUCACCAGUGCCGUCCUAAACUCGACUUGUGCUCCGACUGACACGCCGUGUAUUUGCGCCGACAAGGCUCUCCAGGUCCAGGCGCAUCAGUGUGUUCUCUCUUUCUGCACUGUACGAGAGCAAUUGGCUACGCUUAACAUCACCAAUGCCGAGUGCGGCAUCUUUUCGGGCCAUGACCACUCAUGGUUUCCGCCGCUGAUGUUUUUCGUCAUCUUUGCUGGAAUCAUCUUCGUCUUGAGAUUAGUUUCCAGAGUUGUAUGCCACACGAAAUUCUGGUGGGAUGACUUCGUCAAUCUCCUUGCCAUGCUUGGCUGUGUUGCAUACUCUACCGCUUCCAUUGUGACCGGCAACCUAGGCCUCGGCACCGAGAUUUGGGCGGUACCCCAAGAGAAUAUCACGACUCUUCUCAAACUCUCAUAUGUCGAGUUCCUGCUUUACAAUUGGUGUGAGGUCACCCUACGCACAUCUGUCCUACUCUUUUACAUCCGCGUCUUCACCGUGGGGACAGGCCCUCGCCGCAUCUUCUUGAUCACACUCAUUGUGAGCAACACUCUGAGCGUGGGCUUCGCCCUCUUUAACAUUUUCCAAUGUACGCCCAUCAGUUACUUCUGGCUACGAUGGGAUGAAGAGCAUAAGGGCCAUUGCAUUCCUGCCAACAAGGUCACACUUUCGGGUGGUAUAAUUGACUUAUUUUGGACUGUUCUGAUCAUUGUUAUUCCCUUGCCAUAUAUUCUGCGACUCAAGCUAGCAGCCUACAAGAAGUUCGCAGCCACUACUAUGUUUGCUUUGGGAAUAUCUACCAUUGUCAUCAUGUGUUACCGGUUCAAGACCUUGAAAGCUUACGACGUCGGUGAGAACCCAACUAUGGAUGGCAUCGGUGUGACGCUCUGGUCGGCGAUCGAACUUGAUGUUGCUCUUAUUUGCGCCUGCUUGCCGAGCAUUUACCCUCUCUUCGUACGCUUGAUCCAUCGCGGCCAGCCGCCACCAGAGAAGCCCGCUCCAAGCUCGUCCCUGAUCACGAUAGGCGGAACUGGUGGCAAGGCCUUGGGGAGAUCCAAGAGAAAGCGUGGUCUGUGGUCCUAUCCCGGCAUGACAGGAUUGACAAACACGCAUGAUGAUGAUAGAAGCACGAAAGAGCCUAAUAGAGAAUACAUAGAAUUGGAAGAGGCACAGACUCACUGA